UAAAUGUGGUUGCUAAGAGCCUUAUUAAGAUGCUUGGUAAAGCAGCUGGAGAAGGGUGACAUUAAUGUGGUGGAUUUAAAAAAGAAUAUUGAAUAUGCAGCGUCUGUGCUGGAAGCAGUUUAUAUUGAUGAAACAAGAAAGCUUUUGGACACUGAAGAUGAGCUCUCUGAUAUUGAGUCAGAUUCGGUCCCGCUGGAAGUGCGGGACUGGUUAGCUUCUACAUUCACGAGGGAAAUGGGAAUAGUGAAGAGGAAGCCUGAAGAAAAGCCCAAAUUUCGAAGCAUUGUGCAUGCUGUGCAGGCUGGGAUUUUUGUAGAAAGGAUGUACCGAAGAACUUCUAGCAUGGUUGGUUUGGCUUACCCAGCAGAAGUGAUAGUAACAUUUAAGGAUGUUGAUAAAUGGUCUUUUGAUGUAUUUGCCCUGAAUGAAGCAAGUGGAGAGCACAGUCUGAAAUUUAUGAUGUAUGAACUGUUUACCCGAUAUGACCUUUUGAGCCGUUUCAAGAUCCCUGUUCCCAAUCUUAUUUCAUUUGCUGAAGCUCUUGAAGUUGGUUACAGCAAAUACAAAAAUCCAUAUCACAAUUUGAUCCAUGCAGCUGAUGUUACUCAAACUGUGCAUUACAUAAUGAUUCACACUGGUAUCAUGCACUGGCUCACAGAACUGGAAAUUUUAGCAAUGAUCUUUGCAGCUGCCGUCCAUGAUUAUGAACAUACUGGGACCACAAACAAUUUUCAUAUUCAAACAAGGUCAGAUGUUGCAAUAUUGUACAAUGAUCGUUCUGUUCUUGAAAAUCACCAUGUGAGUGCUGCUUAUAGACUCAUGCAAGAAGAAGAGAUGAACAUCCUGGCAAAUUUAACCAAAGAUGACUGGAGGGAGUUGCGUAGCUUGGUCAUUGAGAUGGUCUUGUCUACAGAUAUGUCGGGUCAUUUUCAACAAAUUAAAACAAUGCGACAUACUCUACAGCAGACAGAGGGGGUAGACAAAGCCAAAGCCAUGUCUUUGAUUCUACAUGCAGCAGACAUAAGCCAUCCAGCAAAAUCCUGGGAACUGCACUACCGGUGGACCAUGGCCCUGAUGGAAGAAUUUUUUCGACAGGGCGACAAGGAGGCUGCUUUAGGUCUUCAAUUUUCCCCACUCUGUGACCGCAAGUCUACUUUGGUAGCUCAGUCCCAAAUAGGUUUCAUUGAUUUCAUAGUAGAACCAACAUUUUCUCUUCUUACGGACUCAAUGGAGAAAAUUGUUAUGCCUCUUAGAGAGGAAGCAUCAAAAUCUGAAAGUCCUGCAUUUGGGACACCCAGCCAAAAUAGUUUGGGAACAGUAAGCAAUGCUGAAGCACAAAGACGACCCACUUUUAAAUGUACAACUGAUGGAGGGACUCACACAGAAAAUUCUCUAGCAACUGUAGACCUAACAAGCUUUAAGGACAACUUGAUGAAGAUCAUUCAAGCAAACAAAGAAAGAUGGAAAGAAUUAGCAGUAGAAG